GUCUCAGAGGGUGGGGAAAGCUUGCAGCCUACACGUCUAUAAGUGAUGCUGUCCACAUGUCCAUCUGGAGGCAGACGUCCGUACAACCUGCAGGCUCUGUGUGCUCGUGAGCUUCGUCACCAGGCCUUGGGUAUCCUCUGGUGUUUGGGUUUCUGGAGGAGAAGCCACUGGUCCAGUGGCCAUGUCACUGUGUUCUUUGGCCUUCGCUCUCCUCUUGACUGUUGUGGCUGGGAUCAAGUGCAAUGGGACAGAAGUGUGUGCCGGAAGCCCUGGUAUCCCCGGCACUCCUGGAAGCCACGGCCUGCCUGGCAGAGAUGGGAGAGAUGGUGUCAAAGGAGACCCUGGACCUCCAGGUCCCAUGGGUCCCCCCGGAGGUAUGCCAGGUCUUCCUGGGCGUGAUGGGCUGCCUGGAGCCCCUGGUGCACCUGGAGAACGUGGAGAUAAAGGAGAGCCUGGAGAGAGGGGCCUUCCAGGGUUUCCAGCUUACCUGGAUGAGGAACUUCAGAUGGAACUCCAAGAGAUAAGACAUAAGAUUCUGCAGAUGAUGGGAGUCCUCAGCUUGCACGGAUCCAUGUUGUCAGUGGGAGAGAAAGUCUUCUCCACCAAUGGGCAGUCAGUCAACUUUGAUACCAUUAGAGAGACAUGUGCCAGAGCAGGUGGCAACAUUGCUGUCCCAAGGAGUCCAGAGGAGAACGAGGCCAUCUCAAGCAUUGUGAACAAGCACAACACCUAUGCCUACUUGGGCAUGGUUGAAGACCAGACCCCUGGAGACUUCCGGUACCUGGAUGGGGCUCCUGUGAACUACACCAACUGGUAUGCAGGAGAGCCCAGGGGUAGAGGCAAAGAGAAAUGUGUAGAAAUGUAUACAAACGGCCGAUGGAAUGACAAGAAUUGCCUGCAGUACCGGCUGGCCAUUUGUGAAUUUUGAUCAAGCACUUAGAUAAAUAGAUAAAGUCCCUGCAUUGUCUUUUAGCCUCUAUCCCGAUGAUCCAUCUGAUCUGUGGGAUGCUGCAACUCCCUUCAACCAAAUUUCUUUGUGGCUAAUAGGAUUGGCACCAUUCUUAGACAUUCCAUCUCCCACAUGAGCCCCAAACUCUUCUCCACACAUAUUAGAACAUCCUGAAAGUCCCCUGGAGUCCUUUCUGAGCAUUCACUCAAGGCAGCCACUGACAACCUUGCCCUUCACCAUGAAAUGGAGACUUCCUUUUUCCUCACCUUGUCCUGUUUCUUCAUUUAUAAAUGGUGUACAUGAGGUCCCAGCAUGGAAGGACCCUCUAAAUUACACAAAAGAGCCUGCCCCCUGCCCUUUUUAUCUGACAGAUCACACUUUCACUGCCUCAAGAUUUAGAAGUCCAGGCUAAACAUAAAGAUUGACAUAGGGGACUUCUGGGAAAUGCCUGGUGUGUGGAGCUAAGCUACAUUCAGUGUCAUUUGCAUCCAUGCUUUCAAUACAAACAUGGUCUCACAGAAGUCAGGAAGCUGGGUAGGGAGCACCACGGCAUAGUUCUGAUGGUACCCAACUUCCCUGGUUGACAGUGUAUAGCCCCCUUAGAUCUGAAAAUGCCAAUUUAGCCUCUUAACCUAACCGUAGCCUCCCUGGAUUUUAAGAGAAGCACCCUUCCACCCCAGACACUAACUCUGGUAAUUUCCUGCUGUUGGACACAACCUCACUCCACUUCAUAUCACGGAGGCAUGCCUCUCGCUAACUGCAUUGCUUUCUCCUCUCAGUCAGCUACUUUGUUAAAAUCAAUGCUGUUCCACAUGUUAGGUUGUAUUCCGGAUAUCCCUGGGGAUAACUGUUUUCUUUGAGCCUAUGUCUUCAUCUAUGGUUUGGAAAUAAAGUAAUUACUACAAGUA